GAUUUAAUUAGCAUCAUUGACAGCUGGCACAGAAUUGUAGCAUUAAUGCAUUUCUUGGCAAGCCUCUCGACGCGCCCAGGUUCAACCUCAUUCCUACUCAGAAUUAACACCACCAGGCUUUUCCAGCGUGCGUCGCCUUUUUUUGGAGUUUUUAUAAGACGGCAGCAUAUCGACUUGGAUGGAGGUAUCAGGUUGAACAGUGAUAUCCACAGAUCUGCUGCAAGGUUAAAAAACAUGUCGAGAUGGCAAGAUUCUGUCACGCUCAAGGUCCAAGGCCCUCACAAGGAAGACAAGGAUGACCACAAGGAGGCGCUACUCAGUCAACUGCAAAAUGUACAAAGGGAUAUCCAAUCUCUAAAAAUCGACCAUGAUACGCCUUCUGACACAGAAUGGAGACUUAUAAGCGAUCAUUUCAGCAACGUCCAGAAUCUAGAAAUGGAAUCUGGCUUUAAUGAAGAGUUGAACGACGGGCUCAUCCCAACGAAUUGGCCAAUUGAACGCUUAUUAAUCAGCUCUUCAUGCGGCGAGAGGUUUUGCAGCCCCGUCGUGCUAGAAGGACGAGUUAAGCACCUCAUUCUUCUCCUCACAGCAGGAUUGCGUUUCGAAGGGCCGACAUCGAGUGAACUUUCACGCGCAAACAAGCAAGCUAUUGAGCGAGGCGAGGCGGAGGCGAAUUAUAUUACAGUGCGUGAGGGCACGCCAGAAGAACGCAAGAUCGAAAUUGUGUCGUUGCCCGGUCUUGCUUUUGACUGGCUACGCGACAAAUACACCAACCCCGAUCGUUGUAAUGAGUCAGAAACUCCAGCUCCAGAGAGCGUCAACACGGAAAUCCUGGAGAUUCUCGAGAACGACGCGCUAGACACCUUUACGCGCAUGGCCCUCGCCCUACCGCAUAUUGUGAUGUUAAUAGAGACGCUGAAUCUUCGCUCGACUAGCGGACACGACUUCCAUCUCACGCCGAAGGAGAUGUUCCACGAGAUUCUACCGCAGCUUACUGAGCUCAAAACGUUCGUGUUCACCGUGGGCGACAUCUUCGAUAAGGCCGAGUUUCUCCCUUUGUUUUAUAAGCAGUCCCCCCCCAACAUUUCUACGCUUCGCUUCCGCGGCCCAGUCUCCCUUGCCAAAUCAGAACAUUGGAGCAAAUGGCUUGAGGCUUUUGCAAACCCGGAGUACCUCCCCAACCUCACAAGGCUGAGCUUCGUGCUCGAUCUUGCGUAUGAGGAUAAGGAGGAAGGCGGGAAGAAGAGGCGAGCAACGGAGGAAGAACUGAGGGAGGGUAAGAAUGCUUGUAAGCAGUUGUUUGACGGGUUGAAGGGCCGGGGGGUAGCUAUUGAGGCUUUCCAUGAUGAAUGGGCUGAGGAAUCUGUAUCCUUUGAUAAAGUCGAUGAGCGCUGGGAGGAAAUUGAGUGAUGGACAGUGAGGUCGUGGUUGUAGUUGAAUAGCGCAGGCC